AUGAUGGUGGAGAUGUCGGCCGUCCAGAAGGUGGGGGUGAAGAAGGAGCCGGGGGUGAGGGGAGACGACAGUGGCACGGCCGACGACACAAGCGAGUCCGAGUUUGAAGAAGAAGAAGAGAGAAUUAACAAAGCAGUACUAGCAGCCCCAGUGAAGUAUCGAAAGGUCGUCGAGGAGCAUCUCCGGGCCUGGAUAGAGGCAGGAGGGUGCAGGAGGGAUGUCGCGGACGCCUACUUCGACAACCCGCCACGCUGCCCCAUAUCCCCUUCCUUGUGCUGCGACAACUGCGCCGCCGCUGCCUCCCUCUCAACUGUACCAUUGCCCGCUUCUGCCUCCACCACCCCCAGUGGGCCGAUGGUGGCGUCCGCCACAGCACCGCCACCCCCGGCCAUGGACGUCGCCACCGCCGAUCACCAUCUCAACCCCGCACUGGACGAGGACGAGGACGAGGGUGGCUCGGGUAUCCGCCAACAGACCGCAGCCCCUCACAUCAGUUCCCCUACGCGUUCUGUCGACAACCCACUGCGCUCCCGUAUGUCUCCCAAGCGGCGUGCGGGCACCCAUCUCAAGACCGUGAAAACUCAGCUCGUGGACUGGCGAUACACGACGCGGCGGACCAAAUACAAGUUUUCCUCCCUCAAGGCCGAGAACCUCCUCCCCGACACCGCGCUCACCACCAUCGCUUCCCUCCGUCGGGAUCUGAAGACGAUCCAUGACCUCAAGCGGGUCCUCAACCCCCCCUGGCCCCAUGUCGACGCAAUGGGGAGGAGGUCCUCAAGAUUGUCCGAGAACUAG